AUGUCGACCAAGCACGUCGACAUCCUCUGCAGCCUGGUGCUCCUCCUCGCUACUCUCGACGCUGCCGCCGGCUGGCCGUAUUAUCGAGGCUGGCGGCCGUCGGACCAAUUUUGUCGGAACAAUCCCUAUUUCCCCGCCUGUCAAGGAAGAACUCCGCCGAGCCCUGUCGUUCCUGCUAACCCGCCGCCGCCGCCGCCGCCGCCGCCGGCGUCUCCGACGGGUCCCAGCCUCUUCGUCUUCGGCGAUUCUUUUGCUGAUAACGGCAACUUGGCCAAGGACGCUACUCAACGUGUCGCCGACAAAGGUAUUACCCGGCAGUGGUAUUUCCCGUAUGGAUUCUCCGCUAGCGGCUCUGCCCCCACCGGCCGCUUCUCCAACGGCAGGGUCCAAUCUGACUUCAUCGAUCGGCAGCUUCGAGAGCCUCAUCUCCUCCGCGCCAUCUCACCGGCACAGCUCGCGGCGGGCUCCGUGGCGCUGAUCGCCGUCUCCGGCAACGACGACUACGGCCGCGUGACCGUCUCGGUGUUCGGCGACGUGACGACCUUCAUAAAAAACGUGACGUCCACCAUCGCGGCCUCGGCGGACCGUCUGAGGAAGCUCGGCACCGGCAAGGUGCUCGUCAACAACCUCCACCCGGUCGGCUGCGUGCCCUCGCAGACGCGUGCCGAAGGGUACGGCGCUUGCGACAGCGUCGCAAACGCCGGGGCCCCGCAAGGACCCCAAGGCGACACCGAGGGCGGCCCGUAUGAGUAUCGGUACACGCUGUGCGAGGAUCCCGAGAGGUAUUUUUACUGGGACGAGAUGCACCCCACGCAGGCUGCUUGGGAAGCCGUCAUGUGGUAUCUCCAGGAAGACAUCAACAAGUUCCUCGGCCCUGCACAACAGUAG